CAGUACCCUGUUCCCACGGCAGAACGGCGGUGAGCGGCGCCGCCGGCGACCUCAGCCACUCCGUCCCAAGCAGAUAUUCGAGGUGCCUCUUUGUCCUUCAUCAGCGCAGGCUCAGUCGCCAGUGUCUCCACUUCACAACGGCUGCCAGAUCCGAACGAGCGCCGCUGGCGACCUCAGCCCCUUCGUCUCACAGCCACCAACGAUUCGAGUGGACAGAGAAGAGGGUUCUGCGACAGGGGGAGGUGAUAUAUGAUGGAUCGUGCUCAGAUUCCUCAGGGGGUGAUACCAUCCCAACCAUGGCAUGUGUGGAUGCCAAGCGGCUGCGGUGUUCCGCAACACCGAACGAUCCCUGGUCCAAGGUCCUCGACGAUGACAAUGCUAGUUUCCUGGCCGGCACUGGUGCCCCUGCUUGACGAAGAUCCUCCUCCGCCUCCCUCCAAAGCCAUCCUCCCUCCCCUGUGCCUCCCUCGUCUGCAUGCGCUGGCGCAGCAUCCUCUCCGACCCCGAGUUCUCAGACGCUAUCGCAAACACCACUGCAAGUCUCAUCUGUUGGGCUUUUUCGCAGGGAGUACUCCUAAAUAUAAUGACUUUGUUCCUCUUCUAGGCAUGAAGCCUGACCGCAUCCCGGCCGCGUGCUUUGCCGUGCCCAAGAGCAGAAGAUCCUACCACCACUAGAAGUUCCUCUGCUGCUGUCAUGGCCUCGUUGUGCUGAUCCAUGGCUCGGGGCGCGAGGCCGUCGUAUGGGAUCCCCUCACCGGACAGCAGCACCGCGUGCCUUUUCCACAUGGGCUCGACAACGCUGAAAGGGACACUUUUUGGGUCUGGCACAUGGCGAUUGCUUGUCGAGGCUGUUCAUAUUGGACACACACAGGCAUCUGCUUGCCUCUACAAAUCAGCUUCUGGUGCAUGGGGAGAUAUUGUCUCAGCGAUGACUACGGAUGCGAUUCUUUCCGUAAGUUCUAUCAAAACUGAGCAUCCAAUUGUGGAAGAGGAAAUCAAACUAUGAUGGUGUUGUCGAAUGGGUGCUGCUACAGAAAUCCAUUCAACUAGAGAGUCUUUUUCCAUAGGGAAUGCAUAGUGACCUCAAACUGGCGAAAAUGCUGGGGUAUAAUGAGGACUCAAAUGCGAUUUUGUUCUGGCUACGUAUAUUGGUGAAUUUGUGUUCCAACUUGGCUCGAUGUGGCACCAAAGGCCCAUUAUCCCUACAGAAGUUUCUUAACAUGUUAUAAGUUUCUUAAUAUGAUGCGAGAAUAACAAGACACAUUAUCCCUACAGAAGUUUCUAUACUGCAGGGUCGUGAUUUUGACUGCCCGAUGGUGGGGCGACGAAGCUCGCACCCCGCAGGAGUACAGCUGGACAGUAUACAAGCGCCUCUUUCACAUCAUCAGGGAGCACAAACCGCAGGUCGGUCACACCUUCUGUUUCUUGGUGUCCAACUACAGUUUUUGAUGCUGCAUGAUAUAGUUCUGCAUUCUUGCUUUGUUUUACUGUACUAAUUUUUUGUCCAUUUCUAUUUAAGUCAGCGUGUGCUGCGUUCACAAUCAGUCACUGAUUUCAAAAUCAGAUUAUGAAUCAAUCUAGUUUAGCACGACAUAUAGGCUUAAAUGGAUAAACUGGUAUGUUUAUCACAUGUUAUGCAUGGAGAUGUAUUGCAUGGAGAUGUAUUGCAGAAAUGAUGUAUCACACGUUAAAACGAACAGUACGCACAAUUUUCAUCAUAAGAUUCUAACAGAGGGCCCAUCAGAUAAAUGUUAGUCGACAAGGUGCUACUUGAUUGAAUGAUGACCUGUUGGCCACUCACAGCUGUUACCAUUGGCCGACUAACCUUCUCGUUGGAAAAAAAUUAGCCAACAAAGAGCACUCUUUGUUGAUUUUAGGUAUGUGAAAGCAUCAUAUUAUUGAAAAAUUAUUGUAUACACUCAUAGACUUGUCAAAAUUUUGCGAAUAAAUAAAAAUACUUGAAAAAUUCUCUGCUGAGGUACGAGCUGGAGACAUAUUUCUCUGCUGGUGACAUUGGACCGCAAUUAAACUAUCCAUGAUAGGUACGCCCAUGUCCUAUGUGCUGGACGGACAGGUGGUGGACAGUGCGUCACUAGAAUUUAUUCAAGAGAGCUUGGAUCGAUCAAGCAUUGGCGGCUUUGGCCUGUCACAAUCCUGUGCCAUGCCCUGUCAUAGACAGUCUUAGGUUACCUAUAGGCUGUCACUAUACACUCAAUGCAUACUAUUUGAUUGUGAUGUGUACAUGCAACAUUUAACAUAUACCGAAAAUAAGAUAUUCCAUAUAUACUUAUGGGAAGACCAUGUUAGGUUACCUAUAGGCUGCCAGACAAAUUUUUCGCGAAGACCAACAUUAUCUGCAUUGUACAAUGAUGUAGGACUGGAAAAAACUGGGCGGCGGCCAUGGAAAAAUAUGUGUUUAUAGAAAAGGACAUUUUUAAAUUGGUUAUAAAAAAAUAAACUUAGCACUGAGUCUAUGCAAGACUUGUCCUUAGGAAAACAGUGUAUUUAAACUUUUUUUACUAUUUUACCUUUGACCUGGUAGAGUAUAUAGCGACUGUUGAGUAUUUAUUUUUCUAAAACGAAGACUUAAAACCAGAGGAUGACGGUGACUCAGAUGGCAACAGCGACUAUGACAGGGGAAGAAACAAGCGGAUCAUAUCGAGUAGCUAGCAAAUAUGCGCUGUCCUCUCCGUGAAUUGGUGUAUCAAGCUUGACUGCUGUACUUAUGUGGUCGUGUUGAAUUGAAUGUGGGCAAAAAGCCUCACUGAAGAAAUCAAUGAAUGUUUCGUGCCGGUUUUGACAAGUCACCAUAGUUGUGUCACCAAGCAAGGAAUUAGCUCAUCAGCUCAGCUGCAGAGACUAUAUAAUGACGAAUUUUUUUGCAUCGCCAGGAGAUCCAAAUUCCAACCAUCAUCAUGUCAGUGCUGCUUCUAAAUCUCCUCUUCAACACAGUAGUACUUAACCUAGCAGUCUUGGCUGCUGGAGAAGAUGAGUUUGUCUUCUCGGGCUUCAAGGGAGCUAACAUCACUGUGGAUGGCGUCGCCACGGUGACCCGGAACGGCCUUGUUGAUCUCUCCAGUGGCCAAGAGACUCUGAAAGGCCAUGCAUUCUACCCUGCUCCUCUGCGGCUCCGUGAAUCCCCCAAUGGCACGACCAUAAAAUCCUUCUCCGUCUCCUUUGUAUUCGCAAUCUACCCCAACUACCGGCCCAGCCAAGGCAUGGCCUUCUUCAUCGCUAAGAGCAUGGAUUUCUCAUCCGCUCUCCCCACGCAGUGGUUCGGCAUCUUCAACAGUGUGAACCAGGGAAACUCCAGCAACCACAUCUUCGCCAUCGAGUUGGACACCGUCAACAACAGGGAUCUACACGACAUCGAUGCCAACCAUGUCGGAAUCAACAUCAACAGUGUCAUCUCCAAUAAGUCCAACACCGCUGGCUUCUACGACGACAAGACUGCCAUCUUCAACACCUUGAACCUCACCAGUGGCAAGGGGUUGCAACUCUGGAUCGAUUACGAAAGGGAGUCGACACGAAUCAACGUGACCAUUUCUCCAGUGGGCGUGGCCAAACCAGCAAGGGCUCUCAUCUCCGGCAUCUACGACCUCUCAAUGGUAAUCACCGAGGACGCAUAUCUUGGCUUUGGGUCUUCGGCGGGCAGGGAUGGAAGCCGGCACUACAUACUUGGCUGGAGCUUUGGCAUUAAUAGGCCUGCGCCAGCUAUUGACAUGAAAAAAUUGCCAAGACUUCCCCGUCUUGGUUCCAAGCCUCGGUCCAAGGUCCGGGAGAUUGUAUUGCCAUUAGCAACAACCACUUUUGUUCUCGCCGUGGGAAUCACCAUUUUCCUACUUGUGCAAAGGCAUCAGAGGUAUGCUGAGCUACGGGAAGAUUGGGAGGUUGAGUUUGGACCUCACCGGUUCCCGUACAAGGAUCUGUACUAUGCUACACAAGGCUUCAAGAACAAGAACCUGCUUGGGGUUGGUGGCUUUGGAAGAGUGUACAAAGGGGUGCUGCCAAAAUCAAAACUUGAUAUAGCCGUGAAGAGAGUAUCUCAUGAGUCGAAGCAAGGCAUGAAGGAGUUCAUCGCUGAAGUUGUCAGUAUAGGACGGCUUCAGCACCGUAAUCUCGUGCAGUUACUCGGCUAUUGUCGGCGACGAGGCCAACUCUUUCUGGUGUAUGAGUACAUGCCCAACGGAAGUCUUGACAAAUACUUAUAUCAUGGGGACCUGCGGCCUACUCUAAACUGGGCUCAAAGGUUUAAGAUCAUCAGGGGCGUUGCAUCUGGAUUGCUCUACCUUCACGAGGAGUGGGAACAAAUUGUUAUCCACAGAGAUGUCAAGGCAAGCAACGUGCUCCUUGAUGCUGAAAUGAAUGCCCGACUAGGUGAUUUUGGUCUCGCACGGUUGUAUGACCAUGGCAUGGAUCCACAGAGCACGCACGUGGUUGGCACCAUAGGUUACCUAGCUCCUGAGUUAGCACGCACUGGAAAGGUAACCCCUCUUACCGACGUAUUUGCAUUUGGUGUAUUCAUCCUUGAAGUCAUUUGUGGACAACGGCCAAUCAACCAAGAUAUACGAGGAAAACAUCCCAUGUUAGUUGAUUGGGUCCUUGAGCAUUGGCGCAAUGGAUCACUCGUCGACACGGUGGAUACUAAACUCCAUGGUGAAUAUGAUGUAAACGAGGCAUACUUAGCACUCAAGCUAGGACUACUAUGCUCGCACCCAUUCAUGGACGCCAGGCCUACCAUGCGCCAAGUAAUGCAGUACCUUGACGGUGACUGCGCAACACCAGAGCCAUCAUUACCAGUGGACACCAACUUCGAGAUGCUCGCUGCGAUGCAGAAUGAAGGUUUUGACCCAUACGUCAUGCUGUAUCCUUCUUCCACGGCAAGCCAUGGUGCAGCAUCCAUUGUCUCAAGUGGAAGAUGACCUGUGCCUUGGCCGGCCUUUUUGGUCCUCGUAAGCGCAGGGGUCUUUUCUGCAGCAUCCUCCAAUUUGGUCACUGUAUUUCUGCUAUGUGGGUUCUACCGCUGAACUUCUGAAUAUUUGUAUGAAAAACUUGUUUUGUUACUGAUGUACCUCCUUUAUAUCUUUUUCAAGGAGGUGGUACCCCUCUAUUGUACGUAUUCCCGGGUUAGUAGGCUCGCACCCCUAUUGUAAAACCCCAGGCUUGUUACCUUAUUCCCAGUCUUCUUCUAGUUAUGAUAUCCUUCA